GCGACGCGCGGUGACAAGAUGGCAGACAAAGAGAAAAAGAAGAAAGAAAGCAUCUUGGAUCUGUCUAAGUACAUUGAUAAGACCAUUCGAGUGAAGUUCCAGGGUGGCCGGGAAGCUAGCGGUAUCCUGAAAGGGUUUGACCCACUACUCAACCUGGUGCUGGAUGGGACCAUUGAGUACAUGCGAGACCCUGAUGACCAGUACAAGCUGACGGAGGACACUCGGCAGCUAGGGCUUGUGGUGUGUCGUGGCACCUCGGUGGUGCUCAUCUGCCCACAGGAUGGCAUGGAGGCCAUCCCCAACCCCUUCGUGCAGCAGCAAGACGCUUAGCCGCAAUGGAGGGCCGUCCAGCCCCCAAAGGAGGGCAGCUCAGCCCUGAGGACCUGCCUUCCAUGGGGCGAACUUCUGUUUGAUGUUUUUGUCUUUUGUUCUUGUUUUGUUUUUUUUUUGUUUUUUGUUUUUUUAAUAAAAUUGCCCAUG